AUGCCGGCAAAGCGUAAGCGCGACAUUCUCGACGGGUUCGACCCUAACAAGUCGGACUCGGAGGACGAGAACUUCGACCCUAGCGAGGACCGACCCCGUCGCUCGGCCAAGAAGUCGCGCGCGCCGCGACCCAAGACUCCAGGAGCAGCAUCUCGAAGUAAGAGAGUAAAGUACCGAGGAUCCGACAUUGAAGAUGACGAGCUGUCAGAAAGUGAGCUUGAGGACUCGUUUGGAGAAAACGAAGAAGAGGAGGAUGAUGAAGACGAAGAUUUGCCCUUGAAUGCAACUGGCCGCCGAAUGAGACAUGCCGCCGUCAAACAUCAGUCGUACAAAGAGAGCUCGGAUGAUGAAAGCGUAGUUCUGGAUUCGGACGAUACAGUCAUUAAAAAAACUAGCAAGCGACUGUCGCUGCUUGUUACCCUCAAAGCGCCAAACAGCAUGCGCACGUCGGGACGACCAAAACGAGGCGUGAAAGACGAGGCCGCGCAACAAAUGCCGCCGCCCACGCGUCGCUACACUAGAGCUCGCACCGAGGAGACGGAAGAGCCGCUGUUGGAGCUUUCCAACUCGGGAAGGCACGUACAGACGGUGCGUGCUUCAAAGAGCAGAAGCCCAGAGGCCAUGAGUCGUGCCACCAGAGCCACUCGCGCCGGAAAGGGGUUGAAGAAACUCCCAGAGCCGAUUGAGGAAGCAACCCAGGAGAGCGACCCUAAAGAGGGAACCAAGGAUUUCCGCGACGAUGACGUCGAUGAGCUUGUCGGCAGCGAUGGAGAGAACGGUUUUGAAAAGGCCGAUCAACAAGACGAAGAAGAUGCUGCCUCUCAUCAAGAAGAUGAAGCUACCUACGAGAACCAGGAGGAAGGAGAUGCAGCCGAGAUUGAAGAAGCUACUCCUACCGAAGGAGACGAUGACGACGAUAGUGAUCGCCCACUCACUCGGCGGACGCGUGCAGCAAGAGCGGCUGCAACGACGCCUGCCGCUGCUGAGGAUGCCGAUGCCGAUGGCGAUGGCGAUGGCGAUGGCGAUGGCGAAGGUGAAGGUGAAGGUGAAGUCGAAAAGGCUGCAGAGCCCCGCCGCGGGACACGCACCUCGCGACUCCGGAGGAAAAAGAGUAUGCAAGAGCCGAGCAGUGACUUCGAGCCUGGCGAGGAGUCUGGCGAGGCUGAAGCUUCGGCCUCGGAAGCUGUCGGCAAGGCCAAGAGCAAGAGCAACAGGCGCAGUGCUAAUGCUAGUGAAGAUGACUCGACGACCCCAGUUCCUGCUCGUGGACGCGGUGCCCGCAGCCAAACGCGAGGCACCAAGAGAACUCGUCGCAGCCAGGCCGACUCUGGCGACGAAGAGGUGGAGCUCGACAAGGAUGAGAUGGCCGAAGAGCUCGAAGAGCUGCGGCAGAGCUCCCGCUCGCGGCCCCGACGUACACGUCACCGGUCUCCCUCUAUCCAAUACGAGGAACGCGCCUCCAAGAAGCGGCGUACCAAGCCGGUCGACUACAGCAUUCCAGCGAUUGAUUAUGCCGCCCUGGAGGCUGAAGAAGAAGAGCCGGCGCAGACGCCAGCAAGAACCCGCAAAGGCGGAAAGAACGGCGGAAAUCAGUCUUGGGAACGCACUAUCAACAAUACCUACGGGCCAUUUGGCGGUGGCGGCGGAGCCGGGUCCCUGCUAGCGGGCCCUUGGGGCACUGGGGCCACUGGCGGUGUUGAUUCGGACAGUAGCGACGAUGAGAUGGUGCAGCGGAGCGGGCUUGGGGGCGCCGUUGGCAUGACGCCAACCUCGGCCGCAGCACCCGGAGGAGGCCUUUUCGGCGCCGCCGCUCAGUCACACGGAACCGACGGCCCACUGGCUGUCGGCGGAGCGACUCCCAACGUGGGCAAGGUCAAGAACACGAAGGCCCUCGCCGACGCCGAUCCUCUCGGGGUCGACCUGAAUGUCGACUUCAGCAAGGUCGGAGGCUUGCAAGGCCACAUCGACCAGCUCAAGGAGAUGGUGCAACUGCCUCUCCUCUACCCUGAGCUUUUCCUCAAAUUCCACGUCACACCACCCCGUGGCGUUCUCUUCCACGGUCCUCCUGGUACCGGUAAGACGCUCCUCGCUAGAGCUCUUGCUAAUUCCGUCGGAUCCGGAGGCCGCAAGAUCAGCUUCUACAUGCGAAAGGGUGCCGACGCCCUCAGCAAAUGGGUCGGCGAGGCUGAGAAACAGCUGCGUCUGCUUUUUGAAGAAGCCCGCAGAACACAACCAAGCAUCAUCUUCUUUGACGAGAUUGACGGCUUGGCUCCAGUGCGCUCUAGUAAACAGGAACAGAUCCACGCCAGCAUCGUGUCGACACUGUUGGCACUCAUGGACGGCAUGGAUGGUCGAGGCCAGGUCAUCGUGAUCGGAGCGACAAAUCGCCCCGACAACAUUGAUCCUGCGCUGCGCCGACCGGGUCGCUUCGACAGAGAGUUCUACUUUCCCCUCCCAGAUGUGGAGGGCCGGCGGUCCAUUAUCGAUAUCCACACCAAAGACUGGGGCAUCUCUGGCGAUUUCAAGAACGCCCUGGCCGAGAAUACCAAAGGGUACGGAGGUGCCGAUCUUCGCGCCCUCUGCACUGAGGCAGCUCUCAACGCCAUCCAGCGAACUUACCCCCAGAUCUAUUCGUCUCAGGAGAAGCUCGUGGUGGAUCCGGAGAAGAUCACGAUCCAUGCCACUGAUUUCAUGCUCUCGGUCAAGAAGAUGAUCCCCUCUUCCGAGCGGUCGGCCUCGUCGUCGGCGACGCCGCUCCCGCGCUCCGUUGAGCCGCUCCUGAGAACCCAGUACCAGUCAAUCACCAAGGUGCUGGAGAACAUCAUGCCCCGCCCCAAGAAGAUGACGGCGCUUGACGAGGCCAUGUAUGAGCCAUUCGAAGACGCGGACCAUGGCUUUGGCCGCGAGGCUAUGCACCAAGAGUUUGAGCGCUCUCGCAUCUUCCGGCCUCGGCUGCUCAUCUGCGGCGUGCCUGGAAUGGGCCAGAACUACUUGGCAGGCGCCGUGCUGCACCACAUGGAGGGUGUUCACGUCCAGACGAUGGACCUUGCGACCCUGCUUGGCGACGGUCGCCCGCUUGAACAGGUAAUUGUAAGUCUCUUCACAGAAGUGAAGCGCCAUCGACCCAGCAUCAUCUACGUCCCCAACAUCGACGUCUGGUGGACCAGCAUUGGUGAGGCGGCCAUUACUACAUUUACCACGAUGAUGCGCAGCAUCCCACCCGCGGACCCUGUCCUCCUCAUGGCAACGUCCGAGGUGGCGCCCGCGUCUAUCGCCCCCGAUAUCCUCAAGGAGCUCUUUGGCUUCUCCAAACGGAACCGCGUCAUCGUUGAUCGCCCCGGCCGGGAGAACCGGCUUGAGUUCUUCGAGAACAUCAUCGUGCAUCUGAGGAAGUCGCCUACCGAGUUUCCGGAUCCUUCGGACCGGAAAAAGCGAGUACUCGAGGUGCUUCCGGUCGCGCCGCCACCGCCGCCCAGGACAUUGACCAAGGAGGAGAUCAAGGCCCAGCGCAAAACCGACCUCCACCAUCUAAAUCUGCUGAAGAUGCGACUGCAGCCGAUCAUGGACCAGAUCAACCGCAAAUACCGGAAGUUCAGGACGCCAUUGGUCAGCCAAGGAAGUCUUCAAUACUUGAUAGACGAAGCACAACCGAACUUCGUUCGUGCUGAUGUGCCUGAUAACAUGCCUCGCCCAUACGCGUUGACGCACGAUAAGGAUGGAGUGCAAUGUUUCACUGAGAUCACGACGGGCAAAUUGUUUUACAACCUCGAGACUAGUACCAUCGAGGAGCGCUUAGCCAAUGGCUAUUACGCUAGGCCUGUCGACUUUUACAAGGACAUCAACAAGCUCUAUAUUGACGGAAAGACUUUCGGAGACCGCGAGCGGACGCUGAAGGCGAACGAACUUCGCACCAACGUGGAAGUCGACGUGCAUGACAUUUCACAGACGCUGGCAAACCAAGGAAUCCGAUUUGAGGAGAUUUACCAGCGGCAGGUCCAGAGGACCAAGGAGGCAGAGGAACGGGCACGCAAGAAGAAGGCCCUUCAGGAAGUCGUUGACCUAGUGCAGUCCGAUGUGGGGGGAGACGGCGACGCCGACAGCGACUCGGCGGGGCCUGUGGGGGUCGCCGUGUUGGAUACCGCAACGACGGGCGCUCGGUUUGUGCCAAUGAUGAGUCCGCCACCGAAUGGGCAUGCCGGUUCCUCGGAGUCUCGGCCCCUAACUAACGGCACGUCGGCGCCCUCCCACCCAGACGGCGACGACGUUGAGAUGGGAGGACUCGACAACACGCAUCCUCACUCUGGUCACAAUGCAGACCUGAACGAGCCACACCGCUGGAGGCUAGAGCCCCGGCCGCUCGGAGACUCGACGGUGGCAACAGCCGGGACGCAAAUAUCUCAGCGUUCGGCAUUGACGGCUGUGCCGGCAGGUGUAUCUCCAUCUGCCAUUCUGAACGACGCCUCGACUACAAAGACGUCGGAUCCCUCGACAACCCGGUCGAAUAACUGGAGCACCCAGAACACCAACGGCGUGGCCGGGAAUCCGGACUCGCAGCUAGUCGACACUCAAGACCAGGGCCUCUCUGGCCCGAGCCAGGCCACCUCUAGCGGGAGAGAUUGGGCGCACUCGCAGGCGGCGGCCAUCGUUCGGGGUAUCUUGCCGCCCCGCCCGGAGAUGCACCAGCAGUUCUCGGGCGGGCUGAUCGAGGAGAACAGCCCGACGUCGUCGCAGGCCGUCGCAGGCAAAUCCGCCAAUAUCACGAGCCUAAACAACAUUCUGAACGACAGCGUAAAUACCACCACCACCAGCAGUUCUUCGCUGCGCAAUACGGUCUCUUCAGGCUCGUCGCAGCAGCCCGUGAUGCACGAGGGGAAGAUCAACGAGUUUCUGGCGACGCUAGCAGACCGCACGUCCGGCUGCAGCGUGGAGCAGCUGGAGCAGAUCAACCGGGAGCUUAUGGACGAGAUAUGGAAGACACGCAACGAGUGGAACCGUAUGACGGUCUUGUCCACUCUGACGUCCGUCUUCAACGACACCAUUAGCGACAUUGAGCUCGUGCAGGGCAUGCUGGACAACAAUAGCCAGCUACCGCAGGACGAACAGGACCAGCAGCAGCCGGGGCCGUCACAGCAACAAGAUUCGAUGCUAGACACGAGCGAAUCGUCGCUGGAGCCUUUUGUGCACCUAACUUGA